AUGAACAAGAAGAAAAGAUUUUAUAGUGUAGGAGAGCUAAAAGAAUACAUCAAUGAUUUAUUUGCAAAAGCAAAAAAAUUCCAUGAAAUGCCAGGAUUUAGGAACAAUGAUGCCUGCAAAAGUUAUAAACACUUGAUAACUAUCUGUAAUUCUCUAGCAAUCGUGUUUAUGCAGUAUGAUCUCAUCCAGGAGUCCUUAACUUUUCUAAAAAUUUCAAUGGAAGUUGACAGUCUGCUUGUCAAGUAUGGAAACAUUUUAGAAAAAUUCUGACAAGGAAGGCUGGUUAUGUACAAUAAUUUUGCGUAUUUAUAUCACAAGGCAAAUCAAAACCAAGACUGCUUAAAAAGUUUGUAUGAAGGCCAUAGCUUGAUGGUGAGUAUGAAAGAUAUGGGGAUAAAUUGUGUGCCUGAUUUAUACAUUUCUUCGAAUUUGAUGACUUUUAUGUGUUUAUGGAAAAUAAAAAGAUUUAAUGAAGCUGGUAGUUAUUUAGAAAAAGCUGCAAAUAUGGUCAAUAAUGUGAUUAAAGGGAUCAAAAAGUCAAAGCUGUCUAGUCUCAGUGCCCAGAAUUUGUAUGGGAUUGUUGUCAUGGGCAAUGCUGGGCUUGCAGCUAAGCUUGAUAAUAAUUUUGAUAAAGCUAUCAAUAUUUGUCAGGAAGGGCUACAAGUACUUAGCAGUGACGAUAUUUUAGCAAGACCACUUAUAUGUGAUUUAAUUCAAGAUUUCCAUAGAGAAAAGCACUCAAAAAAUGAUAAAGACUGACUAAUUACGAAAGAAUUUGAAAACAUUUUAUUUAUCACCACAUUUGUGCCAUUUAUCAGUCCAAAUACACCUCUGAUAGACACAAAUGAGCUAGAAUUAGAAAAAUCUAAAGCAAGAAUCAGCGUUUUAGGAGAAGAAAUCAAUACUUUUAUAGAUUCUGACAUAGAAAAUGUCCCAGAAACCAGGGCAAAUCUGCCAAAGCCAUAUGCACACAUCAUGAAUAAUAUUCUGUCAAAAAGAAAAAGUCAGCAAGAAGUCCCUAGACAGUCAGCAAGCACUUCUCCUGGCAGAGGAAAAAUAAGGCCUAGCACAAGAGAAGGGAUUAAUCGUCCAUGGUGAGAGAAUGAAAAAUUUAUUGAGCAAAUCGUAAAUCCUGAGAGUAGAAAUAGCAAAUCUAGAUACCCUAGUGAGCCAAGGGUAAGAAAAAGCAUUCCAAGGCCACAAUCUAAAGGAAGUAAUGAGAGCCGGAAGUUUACUCCAGGAAAUUCAGAAAUUUAUGAAAAUUCCAAUAGGUUUAACUUUUUGAGCCCUCAUUUAAAUCCUGCUCCAAUAAGAAAUUUAUUCUAUUUUAAGAAAUUUUGACAUCAAAAAUAUUUAUGAAUAUUGAUUAUCAAUUCUCAAUGACAAGCGAUUAAUUAUUUAAAUAAGCAUAGCUUCAAAAAGAGAUAAAGAUAUUGGAAAACAUAUUAUGGUAGAAUUCAGCCCAGCUAGACAUAAUUUAGGAGAUCAGAUCCCAAUUGAAUUUUUGCCAGUUCCACCUAUAAGAAGAAAUGAUCCUUAUUCUAUGAUGCCUGGAUCAGGAUAUAGCAGUGGGAGAUACAAUAUGAUUCUUGAGAGAUCAAGCCAUUUGUAA